GUAAUCUGAAGAUCAGGAGGAUCGACGACUAGGGAGCUCUCUCUCUCUCUCUCUCUCUCUCUCUUUCUCUCUCUUUCUCUCUCUCUCUCUCUGUUUCUCUCGUUUUCUUGAUUUCGACCUGGCUGAGAAACGCGAUCGUGUUAAAAAGAGCGGGAAGUAAAUUCCCUGUGGAAAUGCGGAGAAUGGCUAAUCUGAUGAGACGACGCAGCGGCGGCGAGACGUCUGGCGGGAGCAUAUUGCAGCACGGCGCUCUCCCUCCUUGUUUUGCAAAGUCAAUGCAGUUUGAAGAGGACGAGGGCUCACAACAUCCGUCGGAUCUAGACGCAUCGGAGUGGUGUCUGUCUUCCGAUAGUUCCUCUGCGGGGGUAGACGAAGCCAAAGAGAACAUGGCUUUGUCGUUUGCCACCAAAACGCACUCCAUCGCGAUCGUCUUGACCAGCGAUGGCGGCAGACCAGGCGGCGGUCCGUUGGUCCAUCGUCAAGUGCUUCAGCCGCGCAAAUUGGGAGAGGGAGGGAGUGGAGGCCAAGAAACGCUGAUUGUUGGUCAACGUUGUGGCGACGUCGAAAUGACGGACGAUGAGGACGACGACGACGACGAAGAAGAAGACUUUGACGAAGACGACGAAGACGAUGAGGAAGGGGGGGAGGAGGAGGAGGAGGAGUCUGAAGAAGAAGAAGAGGAGGACGAAAACGAUGGUAAAGAGAACAUCGAAGUUGCCGAAGAGCUAGCGCUCGGUCGCGACGUCGGGAGCUCCAGCGGAGGAGAGAAGAAGAGGAAGUGGGCGACGUUUCUACAAAUCGACGAAAAAAAGAUGGGAACGGAGGAGGAGGACGGCUGGUUCUCUGGGAGGAGGGUGGUGAGACCGGCACUUGAACUGAAGAGCAGUUGUGAUUGGAUUCUGCGUGGUGGUGCUUUUCAGAAAGGCGAUGAUUCAGACAACAAGCCUAGGGAGGGUGAGGAGGAGGAGCAGAAGAAGGAGAGGGAGGAGGAGGGAGAAGUGUUAAGGCUUGGGACAAGUGUCGGGGUGGGGACAACGCCUACUAGUAGUGGAGGAGGAACCAAGAGGAAAUUCCAGACGAUGGCCAAGGAGGAGGGGGGGGUAGGCGGCGGGAAAGAAUGCGGGCGGAGAGGUUUUCCUCCUGGAAUUGGGGUUGCGUUAGGAGUUGGAGUUGGGGGGCAAGUGGGAGGCGUAGAGGAUGCUGCACAAACCUCAUGGGGAGAUGGUGGUGCCGUAGAGGAUGACGAGUCUCUUGGGAAGGAGAAAGUACCCAAGAAGCUCCAGCUUGCGACAGCUUCGGCCUCGGUAUUGCCGAUGGAAUACCUGUCGAGAGAGGCUGAGUCUGCCUACAUUGACACACUGGGCAAGGAGGUUGUACGAGGAGGAGGAGGAGGAGGAGGAGGGGAUGUAUCUUCCUCUCCCACGGAUGCAGGAUCAAACUCCUCGAAAGUGGUGUUAGGAGUACUGAGUUGCCGAAGAGGAGAUUGGACGUCCCUGGAAAGCUGCUCAAACGAAGGGGGGGUAGAGGAUAGGGAGACUCACACAAAAGGGGAGAGCGAGGGUGGUGGUGGUGGCUUGGGGGUGAUCGAGUCGAAGCGAAGUGUCUUAGCACUGCUCCCGUUGCUUCCACCCCCUCCUCCUCGGUCUUCCUCUCCUCCUCGUUCUUCUUGUCCUCCUCUCCUUAACUUCCCCAUCUCCCGCAGCAUAGGUGGUGUCGAUGAUGGCGCUCCUUGUUCGACUGGCAUCAUCACCCCGAGUACCGACGGCAUUGUCCCUGUGCAAGCAGGAGCAGGAGGAGGACGAGGAGUAGGAGGAGGAGGAGGAGGAGGAGAAGCCGCAGGAGGUGAUGCGGCAGAAACGGCGGCAGAGUCGUCGGAUUUCUCGGUUGUUUGCAGUGAGGAAGAUCUGGAGUGCUUGGUCCCGACCCCGAUCCAUGGCAGAGGCGUCGAGGCCCUGUCGAUCCCGCCGACAUCUCAUGUUCUUCCUCACUCUGCUGCUGCUGGCUAUGGCGGUCGGGAUCUGUUGUCCGUCGCCGUCGGCAUUCUUAACGCCGCCGCUGCUGCUGGCAUUCACGCUUCUACGGGUGAUCUCUGCGUCGCCGAUGGCUAUGGCGUUGGCGAUGGAGAUGGUCAGGAGGCCGAAGAAGUCGGUGGUCAUCUACGGCUAUACGAGGGAUCGAGCGUGCGUCUUCUUAGCUCUACCAUCUCCCCAUCUUCUUCGGUACCUGCGGAAGAACGGAGCGCGCGAAUCAAUUCUACGGCGGCGGACAGCAGCGCCACUUCCAGUUGUGUUGUAGAAGACGAUCGAUAUCACUCGGGCAACAACAACGCUGAGCCUGCCCGAAGUGAUGGCUAUGGAGUAGCUGGCGAUGGCCAUCAUUAUCAAGUUGGGUCUUCACCGUGUGAAGGAGGAGGACGUCGAUCUUCGCAGCUGUGUCUUGACUCGGAUGGUGCUGCUAGUAAUUCCCGCCGCCGAUGUUCUUCUUGGACUUGUACGUCUUUUCAAUCAAUGCAGGCGACGACGGAAGGGCAAAACUCAAAAUACCUGAAAUGUUUGGAGUAUGAGGAAGACAUCUUGACGAACUAUCUAGAGAGGGAGAGCCGUCGACCGUUGCCUUAUGGAUACCUGUCACCGUGCCGGCAGCCGCACAUAGCUGCCCUGCAUAGAAGGAUGAUGAUGAAGUGGUUGAUGGAGUUCGUGAUAGAGUUUCAUUUGCGCUUGGAGAGCCUGUUCCUGGGCGCUGCGAUACUCGAUCGAUAUCUGGCAGAUGAGCAGACGCCUCUGCCGCGAAGUCUACUUCAAUUGUUGGGGGUGGCGAGCAUGGUUGUUGCAGUCAAGUUUGAAGAGACUGUUAGUCCCAACAUGCUGCAGGAUUGCUGCGAAGUGGUAGACCACACACUGACUCCCAAGCAUAUCCUCAUGAUGGAGACUAAGGUGCUCCGCGUACUCAAGUUCGACUGCCAUAUGCCUACAGCUCACACUUUCCUCUGGAUGUAUCUGCAGGCAGGCAAUGCUGACCGGUGCUUGCAAGAGAUGGCAGAGUAUCUCUGUUGCAUGUCGCUUCUAGACUACGAACUGCUGAAGUUUCGGCCUUCUGUCAUUGCCAGGGCGAGCCUGCUUCUCGCAUCUCAUUUCCUUAAUCGUGAAAGGCUCCCUUCUAAUUGCCUGCAGAGAUUAUUCAACUUGUGUGCAAGCAAGGAUGGUGAUAUCGGCUCGAUAAGGGAGUACUGGAGCCACUUGCCAGGGAACGUUGUCGAUAACCAAUUUUCUCACAAUGGUUGUACGAGUCAUGCAUCAACUGUUUACUGCCAUGGAGAAACUUAGCCUCUUGCCUUUUGAGCUUAAUUGAGAUAUCGAGGUGACCUAGAAGCUGAAUCGACAUCGUUGCUCAAGAGAUCGUGUAACUUUCAUGCAAGGCAGGAAUGGGCAGAUCGGUUCAAGGAGAAAGCAGGAAUGGGCAGGUCGGUGGUUCAAGGAGAAAGCCUUGUUGUCCAGAGGCGAAGUUUCUACUCACUUGUUGUAAGAAUCGCAUAGCAACUGGUCACUGCCAAGGAGGUGAAGGCGACCAAGCAAGAGGAUGAAUCAAUUGUGGGUGAGGUGAAAUGAUGUACCCAGUAUCUUACCUUUUUAUCGCAUGUCUUUUCAUAUUUCUUUAAAUUCCGGCAUCUUUGUUAAUCGUUGUGGUUCGUUGUUUAGAAAUCGUGUAGUUUGCCUUCCGUUUCGUUUAUUUUAAUGCUUUGAAUUUAAUACCUUUUUCUUUGGCGAGGCUGAGCAAUGUGCCCGGAAAAAAACGGCGGCAUUGAGAUAGAUCGUGUUGGCAUCUACUUGGAUGUCAUCGCUCCUACUGAGCAGGCUGCUUUCAGAACGUGCAAUCCUACAUUUUCUGCUCUUAUGGGAGGACCUGAUGUGGUGUGAAGUGGAGGGAGAAAGAUCCUGCAAUGCGAAAAGGGCUUUGCAGUCUUUAAGAAAGUCUAAAAAUAGACCUAGUGUCUCAGCUUUGUGUACUGGGGAUGGUGUCUGCAACCACUGAGGGGAAGAAGGGUGAUGCAAGUCAGGAAGGAGAGAGAGAGAGAGAGAGAGAGAGAGAGAGAACGAGAGAGAGAGAGAGAACGAGAGAGGAUGUCCAAGCAAGAAGGCUCACACAAUCUUACAUUUUGCUGUUAUUUGGUGACCUGAGGUGAUUUGGAGCGGUGGAAGAUGGGAUGUGAUAUCGGAACGAGGCUUUGCGGGCUUAAAGAUAGGCUUUGCGGGCCUAAAGAUAGAGUCUAAUGCACCUCGUAUCUCAUCUUGGUGUACGAGUGGCGGCAUAUGGGAAUAUACAGCCAGAAAGGGGAAAUGAGAGAAUGUCGUCCGAGCAAGCAGGCUCGAGCAAUCGUACAUUUUGCUCUUAUUGGGCGCCCAAAGAUGCUGUGGUACAUUGGGAUGCAGACUAUGCAGUGGGAACAAGCCUUUCCGGGGCUUAAGAUUG